UAAAGAAAAGAAAAGAAAUAAAAACAAGCAAAUAUGUUAGUUGGUAGUGAGUGUGAUCGGCAAGUGUGAUGACAUCACCCCCCACGCUGUGAUUUGAUUAGAGGGCCUCAGUCAUCAUCACCUUCAGAGGUAUAAAGCUCUGUCUCUAAGAAGAAACACAUUUUAGUUAGUAAUAAAGGAGGCUAUAGUAAAGAAAGCAGAGUGGAGAGCUGUGAUUGUAAGCCGCCCUAUGAAAUAUGCAUGACUUCAUUUGUGUUAUGGUACUCUUUAUGGUUGCUAUGGGAGUCUUAACAGAAGAUGAAACAGGUCUCUGUGAGCUGCUGGGAAGCCCUGUGUUACCUGUACUAUCAAAGAGUGGAGACAUCACCAUUGGAGGAGCUUUUUCAGUCUAUACCCAAACCCCAAAGUCUUCACCUUCUCUGACUGAAACUCCAGAACCUCUCAUUUGCACAAGGAUAAGCUUCAGAGAGUUCCGUUUUGCUCAGACAAUGAUUUUUGCCAUUGAGGAGAUCAACAACAGCAGCUCUUUACUGCCCAACAUCUCGGUUGGUUAUAAAAUAUUUGACAGCUGUGGUUCAACCCUGCCUUCAACACGUGCAGCCAUGGGUCUGAUUAAUGGACAGGAAAAGACUUUUGGAAAAAGCUGCACUGGUCAGUCAACCGUUCAUGCCAUCAUUGGAGCCUCUAAGUCCUCUUCCACCAUUGUCUUGUCACAAAUUGCUGGGAUUUUUCAAAUACCAGUGAUCAGUCACUUUUCUACAUGUGCAUGUCUCAGUAACAGAAAGGAGCACCCCUCUUUCUUCAGAACCAUCCCCAGUGACUACUAUCAGAGCAGAGCACUGGCUCAGCUGGUAAAGCACUUCGGGUGGACAUGGGUCGGUGCAGUGAGAAGUGACAAUGACUACGGCAAUAAUGGAAUGGCAACUUUCAUUGAAGCUGCAACCCAGGAGGGCAUUUGUGUUGAAUACUCUGAGGCCAUCUCAUGGACUAGUUUAGAUGAACAGGUCGAGAGGGUGGUCAGAGUAAUCAAAACAGGCACUGCAAAAGUUGUAGUUGCCUUUCUUGGCUAUGAUGAAAUGGAUAUACUGCUCGAAGAAGCUUUGAGACAAAAUAUAACUGGCCUGCAGUGGGUAGGAAGUGAAUCCUGGAUUACAUCAAGUAAUUUGGCUCUAAGAAAAUAUUCUGGAAUACUGACUGGCUCUAUAGGUUUUGCCAUAAAGAAGGCAAAAAUCGCUGGUUUGCAGGAGUUUCUUUUACAGGUUCACCCAAGUCAGGACCCUCAGAAUCACAUACUGAAGGAGUUCUGGGAAGAAACAUUUGGCUGCAGUUUCCAGCCAAGUCUGAAAGGAGUAAAGCAGUGCUCUGGAUCUGAGAGACUACGAGACAUAAAAAAUCCUUUCACUGAUGUGUCAGAGCUGAGAAUAUCUAAUAAUGUAUACAAAGCUGUAUAUGCUGUAGCUCAUGCAAUGCACAGCAUGCUAAAAUGUGGAGAAAAGAGUGAAGAAGUUAACAUGUCAUGUACCUGGAAAAGCAUUUUGCCGCCAAAAGAAAUUGCCAAACAUAUCCAGGACGUGAAUUUUUCUCUUCAAUCAGGAGAGAAAGUGUACUUUGACGAAAGAGGAGAUCCUGCAGCGACCUAUCAACUGGUUAACUGGCAAAAGAACUCCGCAGGAGACCCCGUGUUUGUGACUGUAGGGAGCUAUGAUGCCUCACUUCCAGAUGGAAAGCAGUUUACAAUAAAAGAGAUGAAUCUCACAUGGUUUGGAGAAUCUAAACAGAGGCCAAUUUCUGUAUGCAGUGAGAGUUGCUUUCCUGGUUUCCGACAGGCUGUGAUUAAAGGCAAACCCAUUUGUUGCUUUUCCUGCAUCGCUUGUGCGGCUGGAGAGAUCAGCAAUUCCACCAAUUCUGCAGAGUGUUCUCCGUGUCCACUGGAGUACUGGUCAAAUGAAGAUCAUAACAAGUGUGUUCCAAAGGUGAUUGAGUUCCUGUCUUAUGAAGAGACCAUGGGUGCCCUCCUCGCUGGUUUCUCUUUGUUUGGAGCAAGUUUAACACUCGUUGUGUCUUUUGUCUUCUUUUGGUUCCGUCACACACCUCUGGUCAAAGCCAGUAACUCUGAGCUAAGCUUCUUUCUGCUGCUCUCCUUGACUUUAUGUUUCCUGUGUGCUCUGACCUUCAUUGGUCAACCCACUGACUGGUCCUGUAUGUUGCGCCAUGUAGCAUUUGGCAUAACCUUUGCUUUGUGUAUUUCAUGCAUUUUGACUAAGACCAUAACGGUGGUGAUUGCCUUUACAGCCAAAAGACCAGCCAACACAGUUCCUCAGUGUUCUGUGUUGUUACAAAGAAUGGGUGUUCUUGGUGGCACUUUUCUGCAGGUGUUGAUUUGUGUGGUGUGGUUAACUCUGGCACCACCCUUUCCUCACAAAAAUACAGUUUAUGCAGCAGAAAGGAUAAUUCUAGAGUGUAGCUUAGGGUCAUCUAUAGGGUUUUGGGUUGUGUUAGGGUAUAUUGGCCUUCUAGCGGUAUUAUGCCUGAUCCUUGCUUUUUUAGCUCGAAAGCUGCCGGACAAUUUCAAUGAAGCAAAAUUCAUCACAUUCAGCAUGUUGAUAUUUAUUGCAGUCUGGGUCACAUUUAUCCCAGCAUAUGUGAGUUCUCCUGGAAAAUUCACUGUAGCUGUAGAAAUCUUUGCAAUUUUGGCCUCCAGCUUUGGUUUGCUUUUCUGUAUAUUUGCUCCCAAAUGUUACAUUUUAUUACUGAAGCCAGAGAGGAACACUAAAAACCACAUGAUGGGGAGAAAUCAAGUAAAAACAUAAUAAAGGCUUGUGCAUGGUAGUGACUCCAAAAUGAUAUGUUAAGAUGUAAAA